AUGUCUGACUGGGAUCAAGUCACCAAGAUUGGCAGCAAGGCCCGUGGCCCUGGUGCCGCGGAGCGCGAGACUGUCAUCCGUGGAAAGAGUGCUUUAAACGCUGCUGCACGAAGCGGCGCUGUUAUCGGAACUGAGAAGAAGUAUGCUUCUUCUAACGCUACUGCCGGUGGUGCUGAAGGUCAGCGCCUGACAAAGGUCGACCGAUCCGACGAGAUCAUCAAGCCCAACACUGUCGGCAAGCUGGUUGGCGACACCAUCUCUGCCGCCAGACAAAAGAUGGAGCCUAAGAUGACACAGAAGGAUCUCGCCACCCGAUGCAACACCACUCAGGGCAUUGUCGCUGAUUUCGAACGAGGAACUGCCACUCCCGAUCAAAAGGUUCUCGGGUCCAUGGAGCGUGUCCUGAACGUCAAAUUGCGUGGCGCUGACAUUGGCGCUCCCAAGUUCCCUAACAAGAAGUAA